GGUCCCUGUCCCCUGUCCCCAGCCCUGCCAUGGCCGCACGGACCGUCCCCCACGCCCACCCCAUGAGCUCUGAGUAUGAGUUCGCCAACCCCAGCAAGAUCUACGACCAGAACUUUGGAGAAGGUGUGUCUCCAUCCGAGAUUUUAGCCCCUGCCCUGUACCACGGCUACUACAUCAGGCCUCGGAUCAACAAGCAGCUGGAGCGGGGCACCUCCGAGAUCUGCCUGAACGAGCACAAAUUCCAGGUGUUCCUGGACGUCUGCCAGUUCCUGCCCGACGAGCUCAGCGUCCGCACCGUGGACAACCUGCUGGAGGUGGUGGGCCAGCACCCCCAGAAGGCUGAUCGCCACGGCUUCAUCUCCAGGGAGUUCACCAGGACCUACAUCCUCCCUCUGGACGUCGACCCCUUGCUGGUGAGGGCCACCCUGUCCCACGAUGGCAUCCUGAGCAUCGUGGCUCCCCGCACCGGCAAGGAGCUGAAGGCCAAAGUCAACGAGGUGAAGAUAACGCAGGAGGAGCAGCCAGGGGGGAAAGAGGAGCAGCCCGAGGAAGGAAAAGAGAAGGAGAAGUCCUAAAGGCCCCAGAUGUGGGCUUGCACUGGGAAGGUGGGGGGGACAGGGAUGGGGAACCCACGGUGACAGACUCGUGUUUCUCACCAUCAGUGUUUAGCAGGGCUCUGAGGCAGCCAGACUGCUGCUUCCCAAGGCUGAUGGCUGGAAAAAAAAGGGACUUGGAGCUGAAAACAGAGGGGGACUGAAGUGCUAGUGUGAGGGAGUGAGUGUCAUGCAAGUUUUCUCCUAGGUCAAGUGCUCACGGAGCACCAGGCAGGGUGCUCUUCUCUCACCCCAAAAGACCAGGGCCACUCUUACCCCAAACUGUGAGGCUGUGCCACAGUGGACUGUCAAACAGCUGCUGUGCUCUGGCCCAGGAGGGAAGAGGGAAGAGAUGAUCCCAGUGCCUUGCCUCUGAGCUGGUGGCUGAGCUUUGUGGACACGGGAGGUGGUUGUUGGUCUGUAAAAGUGCCUGCAGUUCUCAGGAGGGAGGAGGAAUAAACCUGCCUCUGGUCUUCUCUU